AUGGAUGUCUCAAUUGGACAAGAGGUCGGAUACGCUGUCAAAAAUGACAAAAAGACCAGCGACAACACGCGACUCAUCUACACAACUGAUGGAUACCUGUUGCAAGCAGCAAAGAACGAUCCGACACUCUCGGAAUUCAGCUGCAUCAUCAUUGAUGAGGCUCAUGAGAGAACCGUCGAUACGGAUGUUCUUCUCGGACUUUUGGCCAAGAGGCGAGAUGAUCUGAAGGUAGUCAUCAUGUCUGCCACCAUGGACGCUGCCAAAUUCGCCACCUAUUUUGGCAACGCACCCACACUCCAUAUCCCCGGCCAACCCCAUACGCUUGAUAUCCUAUAUCUCGAAGAGGCCUCCCCAGACUAUCACGUGGACACAGUUCGAACGGUGAAAAUCAUUCAUGAUGAGUACCCCCGAGGAGACAUCCUCGUCUUCAUGAUGAGCUCGAAUGAGAUAGAACGCGUGUGUACAAUCCUGCGCCGCAACUGCCAAGACCUCGAUGUCAUGCCGCUGUAUGGUGCGCUCACGAAAAGUGAGCAACAACGGGCUCUUGUGCAGACCGAGCGCAGGAAAUGCAUAAUCGCAACAAACAUUGCGGAGACCAGUCUGACAAUUGAGAAUGUCAGCUACGUUGUUGAUUGCGGCUACUGCAUUCAGAGCGUAUACAAUCCGCGUACCCGGACUCGCGUGUUGCAGACUGGCAUAAUCUCAAAGGCCGCUGCUGGACAGCGUGCGGGUCGAGCAGGUCGGACCAGCGCAGGCACCUGCUUCCGGGUGUAUACGGAGGAGUUCCACGACGAGGUCAUGUUGAACACAACACGACCCCAGAUCUUCACAACCGAAGGCAAGGCCGUUGUUCUUGCAAUCAAGUCGUUGGGACACAACGACGUAUUUGCCUUCAACUGGCUGGACGCCCCUCAGCCAGAGACCAUGCUUCGUGCUCUUGGGGACCUGAGAGACCUAGGUUUUCUGGAUGGCACCAUGAAAAUCACAGAUCGAGGCCGAUCCGCAUCCCGUCUACCAAUCGAUGCCAUGUGGCUUUACGCCAUUAUGGAGGGACAUGACAACUGGUCAUGUGGAGCAGAAAUGUGUGCCAUCGCUGCAAUUUGCAGCACACAGAGGCCGGUAUUCCUCCGACCAAGUGCCCAUCGGUAUGCAUCAGACGAGUUGCGAAGACAAUGGGUCCAUCCUCUGUCCGACCACAUCACGCUUCUCAACGUGCUCCACGCAUAUGUGGAUGUCAGAACGAAAGCGGAGACCGUUUCAGACCGACAAACUUGGUGCUUUGCCAACUUUUUGAGUUAUGAAGCACUCGAAGAGGCCUUCGAGACCCGCGAUCAGAUUUGCACGAUGAUCCAACGAGAUGUAGUGCGAGGCUGGAUCAGCAAGAUCCCUUUCCGUCAUCCGAACGACUACGACAACAUCCGCCGCUGCCUUGCAAGAGGAUUGUUUCUGCAGUCUGCAUUCCGACAUGAAGAGGAUGUAUACAGAACCUUCCAUGAUAAUCAAGACGCACUUCUUCAUUACCACAGUGCCUUGAUGGUCAUGGCUUAUGGCAUUGAUGGCCAGAUUGUGGUUUUCUCGAGCCAGACGCUCACUUUGGUCGUUUGUGGUGCCACGCUCACCCAGUCCGAGAGCAGUCAUAUCACUAAAACCACUUGGGUUGAGAUAGCACUUCUCGAGAACCCGAGAAUCAGGGUCGUGAUUCAUGAUCAUGCGAGCGUCGUCGUCGGCACCGGUUUGAAGGGUAAGCUCUGUUGCUGA